CAGAUCCCCACUGGAAGCCCCCCGAGGACGUAGGUGACCCCCAGGGCGUGGAGCGGCAGGGAAGAGCUUUGAACCGUGAGGGGUUGUUAACUCUAAGAUGUCCUUGAGCAGCGGAGCUUCCGGAGGGAAAGGAAUCGAUGCGAACCCGGUUGAGACAUACGACAGCGGGGAUGAAUGGGACAUUGGUGUAGGGAACCUCAUCAUUGACCUGGACGCUGAUUUGGAGAAGGAUCAGCAGAAACUGGAAAUGUCGGGCUCCAAGGACGUGGGGCUCCCAGCGCCCAACGCCGUGGCAACCCUGCCAGAUAACAUCAAGUUUGUCAGCCCGGUGCCGGGCCCGCAGGGCAAGGAAGGCAAAUCCAAGUCGAAAAGGAGUAAGAGUGGCAAGGACAGUGGCAAGCCGACCCCGGGGACCUCCUUGUUUACUCCCAGCGAGGGAGGAGGUAGCAAGAAGGAGGCUCAAGGACGCUCUGGGGACAGUGCGAACUCGGGCAGCUUGGUGCCUGCCGUCACCCCAAAGGGCUUGGAGAAGUCGGCCAAGGCAUCCCGCAGCGUGGCCAGCUCCAAGAAGGAGAAGGAGGGAGGCUCGUCCAAAAGCAAGAAGGAAAGGAGUGAGGGCACAGGGGCUGCGGCCGAGAAGGAGCCCAGCGUGCUGCAGCCCCUGGCCUUGGCAGUGAGGGUGGGACAGUAUGAUGGGGGCCAGGGGCCAGAGCCUGCUGCUGCCGAGCAGCUUGGGAGUAUAGCAAUCGACACAGGAGCGGCGCUCAACACCCUGGGCGUGAAGGCGGAGCUGGAGGAUGGGGACAGUGAGUGCCGGCAGCUGAAGAAGGUGAAGGCGGAAAAGAUGGAGUCCCCGGCGCCGGCGCCCGCGGUGCUGCCCCUGCACCUGCUGGUGCCCGUGGUGAGCAGCGACAUCUCCUCGCCCUGCGAGCAGAUCAUGGUCCGCACACGCUCCGUGGGCGUCAACACCUGUGACGUGGCGCUGGCCACCGAGCCCGAGUGCCUGGGCCCCUGCGAGCCGGGCACCAGCGUCAACCUGGAGGGCAUCGUCUGGCAGGAGACAGAGGACGGUAUGCUGGUGGUGAAUGUCACCUGGAGGAACAAGACUUACGUGGGGACACUGCUGGACUGCACGCAGCACGACUGGGCACCUCCCCGGUUCUGCGACUCUCCCACCAGCGACCUGGAGAUGCGGAACGGGCGGGGCCGGGGCAAGCGUGUGCGGCCCAACAGCAACACUCCAGUGAGCGAGAGCAGCGCCGCCGCUGACGGCAAGGGCAGCGGCGCCAGCAGCAAGACGCGGGCGGGGGCCAGCAGCAAGGGGCGCCGGGGCAGCCAGAACUCCUCGGAGCACCGCACGCCGCCCGGCGGCGCCGCCGAGGACGUGAAGGCCAGCCCCUCGUCCGUCAGCAAGCGCAAGAGCAAGCCCCUCUCCGACAUGGAGCUCAACUCCAGCUCCGAGGACUCCAAGGGCAGCAAACGCAUCCGCACCAACUCACUGGGCUCGGCCGCCCCGCCCCCCGCCGCCGCCAAGCCCGAGCCGCCCGCGCCCGACCGCGGCUGCCCCUCGCCCGUCCUCAUCGACUGCCCCCAUCCCAACUGCAACAAGAAGUACAAGCACAUCAACGGCCUCAAGUACCACCAGGCACACGCCCACACGGACGACGACGGCAAGCUGGAGGCGGACGUGGACAGCGAGUACGGCGAGGAGCCCUCUCUGCACGCCGACGGCGGCAGCUGCAACGGCGCCGCCGCCGCCCAGAAGGGCUCCCUCUCGCCCGCCCGCUCCGCCACCCCCAAGGUGCGCCUGAUGGAGCCCCACAGCCCCUCCCCCUCCAGCAAGUUCGGCGCUAAGGUCCAAUGCAAGAAGAAGCUGGGCGGAGAGGGAGACACGGACCCGGGCGCCCUGUCCAACGACGGCUCUGAGGACGGCCCCUGCGUGGCCGACGAGACGAGCAACGACGGCUUUGAGCCUCUGGAGAAGCGCUGCGUGGAGAAGGACAAGGCGAAGAAGGCUUCUGGGGCCAAGGCAGAGAAGGUCCCUUCCAAAAGCUUGAAGGCUGCCAGGCCCAUCGCACCGGCCAUCCCCCCCCAGCCCAUCUACACCUUCCAGACUGCCACCCUCACCACAGCCAGCCCUGGCUCCUCCGCCGGCCUCGCCACCACCAUGGUGCAGACCAUGCCCAACAGCCCUCAGCUCAAACCCAUCCAGCCCAAGCCGACAGUGAUGGGGGAGCCCUUUGCAGUCAACCCUGCCCUCACCCCUUCCAAGGAGAAGAAGAAGAAGGACAAGAAGAAGAAGGAGCCCAAGGAGCUGGAAAACCCUUUGACCCCCAGCAAGACCUGCAGGGCGGAGGAAGGCAAGAGCCCGUUCCGGGGGGAGUCCAGCGAGCUGGGGGGCAAAGGCGAGGGGAUGCUGAACGGCUCCUCUGACCCCCACCAGAGCCGGCUGGCCAGCAUCAAGGCCGAGGCAGACAAAAUCUACAGCUUCACCGACAACGCCCCCAGCCCCUCCAUCGGUGGUGCCAGCAGGCUGGAGAGCACCGCCCCGGCCCAGCCCAUGACCCCGCUGCACGUCGUCACCCAGAACGGGGCCGAGGCCAGCUCGGUGAAGACCAACAGCCCUGCCUACUCCGACAUCUCUGACGCGGGGGAGGAUGGGGAGGGCAAGCUGGAGGGCUUGAAGGGCAAGGAUCCAGAGCAGCUGGUCAAGGAAGGUGCCAAGAAAGCUCUUUUUCCCCCCCAGCCACAGAGCAAGGAGUCUCCCUACUACCAAGGCUUCGAAACCUACUAUUCCCCUGGCUACCCCCAGGCCAGCCCUGGGCCCCUGAACCCUGGCAGCCAGGCAGCGGCCGAGACACAGGCCCUGAAGCUGAAGAAGGAUGAGGAGCAGGAGAGCCCUGAGACGAAGGUGAAGAGCGAAGGCUGCGAGGAGAAGAAGGCAGAGCUGGGGGGCUCCAGCCAGCAGCCCUCUGUCAUCCAGCAGCGUCCCAACAUGUACAUGCAGUCCCUCUACUACAAUCAGUAUGCCUACGUGCCACCCUACGGCUACAGCGAGCAGGGCUACCACGCUCACCUGCUCAGCACCAACCCUGCCUACCGCCAGCAGUACGAGGAGCAGCAGAAGCAGCGGCAGAGCUUGGAGCAGCAGCAGCAGCGAGGCCUGGAGAAGAAGGCAGAGCUGGGCUUGAAGGAGAGGGAGGCGGCGCUCAAAGAGGAGUGGAAGCAGAAGCCGCCCAUGCCCCCGACGCUCACCAAAGCCCCGAGCCUCACGGACCUCGUCAAGUCAGGGCUGAGCAAGGCCAAGGAGCAGGGAGCUCCAGACAUGGCCAAAUCUGUCAUCAUCCCCAAGCUGGAGGACUCCUCGAAGCUGUCCAGCAGCCAGGUGGCCGAGGGACUUAAGGUGAAGCUGAGCGAGGCCGGACACCUGGGCAAGGAGGCUGCCGAAGCUAAGGCUGGCUCUGAGUGUGGCCGGCAGGCGGAGGUGGACCCUGUGCUCUGGUACAGACAGGAAGCUGAGCCCCGGAUGUGGACCUACGUGUACCCGGCCAAGUACUCGGACAUCAAGACGGAGGAUGAGCGGUGGAAGGAGGAGAGGGACCGGAAGCUGAAGGAGGAAAGGAAUCGAAGCAAAGAAGCUGUGUCCAAGGAGGAUGGGAAGGAGAGCAGCAGCUCUGAGUGCAAACUGACCCCCACCGAGGAGGCUCGGAUGGUGGGCAAGGACCCUAGGCCCAGCGUCCACGUGCCGGUGUCCUCGCCCCUGACGCAGCACCAGUCCUACAUCCCCUACAUGCAUGGCUACUCCUACAGCCAGUCCUAUGACCCCAGCCACCCCAGCUACCGCCCCAUGCCCACCGUCAUGAUGCAGAACUACCCAGGGUCAUACCUCCCCUCCAGCUACUCCUUCUCCCCAUACGGGAGCAAGGCGUCAGGGAGCGAUGACAGCGACAAGUCGCGCGCCAGCCCCAGCGUCAGCUGCAAGCCCAGCUCCGAGUCCAAGGCCCUGGACAUCCUGCAGCAGCAUGCCAGCCACUACAAGAGCAAAUCGCCCACGAUCAGCGAGAAGCCUCCCCAGGAGCGGGAGCGCGGCGGCUGUGGGGUAGUGGGGGGCAGCAGCGGCUGCAGCAGCGUGGGGGCGGCAGGUGGGGGGGAGCGGAGUGCCGAGCGGCCUCGCACCUCCCCCUCCCAGCGCCUGCUCUCCACGCACCACCACCACCACCACCUCGGCUACUCGCUGCUGCCCGCGCAGUACAACCUGCCCUAUGCAACAGGUCUCUCCUCCACAGCCAUCGUUGCCAGCCAGCAAGGCUCCGCUCCCUCCCUCUACCCACCCCCCCGGAGGUGAGAACGGACAUGAGGGCAGCAGACGACUGGGCAGGACAAGACAUGUGACUGGCUCACAUG